AUGUCUACCAACAAUGUGUCCAUGAUACCAAAUGGCUAUACUCUACUACGCCGAGCCGGUCAAGGCACCCAAGCCAAAGUAUACACAUGCCUCCCAAAUCCCGCGAUAACCUUCGCUCGAAAUGCUCUCGACGACGGAGAUGAAGUCGAACACGUCGGCUCCGCCCUCCUCUCUCAAGUCGUAGCCGUGAAAUCAUCCUACACAGGCUCACUUCGCGCUGAAAUCCGAAUCUUGAACGCCAUACGCACACAAUCGAGCCAUCACAAGGGCGGCAUGCAUUGCACCCAGCUCUUAGACUACGAGCGUCCAUCUGCAUCUCCGAAUUGGUUCUCCAUGUCCACAACACCUGUUUGCUGCGACCUCCACGCCUUCAGUGAGCAGCUUCCCGGCCCGCUUCCGAAAUCAGUUCUCUGGCUCGUAGCAACGCAGCUCUACGAUGCAUUCUGGUUUUUGCAUAGAGUGUGCGCGCCGCCAAUUGCGCACUUGGACGUUGGCUUGAGCAACUUCACCAUAAGUUACCCAGGCGCGGACAGUAUAGGUGCUCCAAAAAUCACUUUGCUGGAUUUUGGAGCUGCUGUAAUUGUUCCUGAAGCGGAGAGUUUAGGGCAAACGCGGACUCGAGAGGAUGACGUUGCGAACUUCUGCUACGAGAUUUACACUUUGUGUUUGGAGUGCUGUGAUGGGAGUGAGGAACCAUCGGGAAUUGGCGCUGAGAAGAUGCGGAGGUUCAUGAGAAUCUGGAGCGACGUUACGAACCUUGAGCAAUUGCGGGUUGAGUUUGGACAGUUUGCCGAGGAGCAGUUGGCUUUAGUAGAGGAGCGGGACUGGCAAGAGGUUAAAGACCUGGUGCUGCAAACUGUGCAGAGAGUAGACGAGCAGGAGGGCAGCAUUCGCGAUGCUGUUCUCAAAAUCUUGGAAGUGAACAAUUAA